UGGAAACUUUUGAAAUUUUUGAAACUUGCAAUUUUCUGGACGACGCCGCCACAGAAAAUGUACAUAAAAUCCAUAAUUCUCGACGGAUUCAAGUCCUACGGGAAGCGUACGGAGAUCCAUGGCUUCGACAAGGAAUUCAACGCCAUCACCGGCCUCAAUGGCACUGGGAAAUCCAACAUUUUGGACUCAAUUUGCUUUGUUCUCGGAAUCACAAACUUGACCCAGGUCAGGGCCACUUCUCUGCAGGAUUUGGUCUACAAAGCUGGCCAGGCGGGCAUAACACAGGCAAAUGUGACGCUAAUGUUCGACAACAAGGAUAAAUCCCAAUGUCCCGUUGGGUAUGAGCACAAUGAUGAGAUUAGCGUAACGCGCCAGGUGGUUGUGGGCGGGAAAAACAAGUAUCUGAUAAAUGGGAAGAAUGUCCAGAAUAAACGUGUCCAGGAUCUCUUCUGUUCCAUCCAGCUCAACAUAAACAAUCCCAAUUUCAUCAUCAUGCAGGGCAGAAUCACCAAAGUCCUCAAUAUGAAACCCCAUGAGAUCCUUUCCCUCGUAGAGGAAGCAGCUGGGACGAAUGUGUGGCAGGUCAAGAGGGAUCAAUCGGCAAAGUUAAUUGAGAAGAAGGAUGCAAAGCUCAAGGAGCUGGAUGACGUCAUUGCGGAGGAAAUUCAACCAAAACUCGAUAAACUCCGCGAGGAACGCAGCAAGUACCUGGAGUAUCAGAAAGUGUGCCGGGAUAUUGAAUUCCUCAAGCGUAUUCACUUCUCCUACACCUACCUGUCCCUGCUGAAAGUCUCCGAAGGGAAUCAGGCAAAAAUCGAUGAGAUGGGUAGUUCCAUUGAGAAGAGCAAGAAGAAAAUCCUCACAAAUGAGCAGAAGACGCAGGAAUUGAAAUUACAAAUUGCCGAAUUGACGGCUAAAUUGGAGCAGGAUUCGGGUGGGGAUCUCAAGGAGAAGGAAGCAAAGCUCAGUGACCUCAAUAAGGAAGAUUCCACAAUGUCCGGGAAAGUGAAGGCGCUGCGGGAUAAACUCGAAGCUGAACGGAAGAAGCACAAACAUCUCAAGAAGAGCAUUGAGGAUGAUCAGAAACUCCUUGCCACGAAGAAUGCUCAACUUGGCGCCACUGAUUCCUCCUUCCACGUCAUGGCGGAUGAGAAUGAGAAGCUCAAGCAAGCUCUGGAGGCAGCACAGAAUCGCGUGGAAGCCAUCACGGCGGGUGUCUCCACAACAGCUGAUGGCCAAUCUGUGACCCUUCAGGAGCAGCUGAUGGCCUCCAAGCAGCUCGUUUCGACUUCCACGACAAAAAUCCAGGAUUGCACGGCAGAGAUGAAGCACCUCACGAAGCUCGUGAAGGAGAAGCAAAGUGAGAAGCGCACAGCUGACAAUGCCUACGAAAGUGACCGGGAAUUGGUCAGGAAUCUCGAGAGGGACAUCACGAAACUCACAGCAUCCCUUCGGGGCAUUGACUACGAAGAUGGCACCCUGGAGGAGUUGCAGAAUCGUCGAAUAGCCCUCUCGGAGGAAAUUCAAAACAUGCGCAAACUCCUGGACCAGAAGGGAUCCCAUCGCUUUGACUUCCAGUACCGCGAUCCGGAGCAGAAUUUCAACAGGAAUCGCGUCAAGGGGCGCCUCUGCAAUCUCUUCACGGUGAAAGAUAAGAGAUUCUGCCUUGCAUUGGGAAUCUGUGCUGGUGGGUCGUUGUACAAUGUUGUCACGGAUACGGAUGCCACGAGUAAGAUGAUCCUGCAGCGAGGGGAUCUCCAAACACGCACAACAAUGGUUCCCCUGAAUAAGAUCAGCGGCAAAUCCGUUGCUCCGGCCACGGUGCAAAUGGCUGAGAAAGUGGGCGGGAAGGAGAACGUCCAUCACGCCUUGUCGCUCAUUGAAUUCCAUCGGGAUCUGGAGCCGGUGAUGCGGUACGUCUUUGGCAGCACAUUCAUCUGCAAGGACAUCAAUGUGGCCAAACAGGUGACCUACCACCGGAACAUCAUGACACGCUGCGUUACCCUCGAUGGGGAUGUCGUGGAUCCCUCCGGAAGCCUCUCCGGCGGAGCCAGGCCAAAGGGUGGAGCAGUCCUGCUGGACGUUGCAGAGAUUAAGGAACUCAAAACAGCCUACAAUGCCAAGAAGGCCGAACUGCAGGCGAUUGAGAAUCAAAUGGGACAACUCCAGAAGAUUGCCGGGGAGUACAAUCAGCUGAAGCAGCAACUGGAGAUGCGUCAGCAUGAACUUGAAGUGGUCAACAGUCGCCUGGCUAAUUCCACCUUCCAGGUGCAGCAGAGUGAGAUUGGCGAGAUGAAAAGCAAAAUUGAGAGUCUCGAGAAGGAAUUGAACGAAGCGAAGGAAGUCCUGCAGCGUGAGAAGGAGAAUAUUAAGCUCCUGGAAGCACAGCUGGCUGAUUCCAAGGGCUACCGGGAGCGUCAGCUGAAGCAGGCCAAGAAAGACCUGGCGGAUUGUCAGAAGAAGUACAACGAGAGCAGCAAUCACUGGAAGAAGAAGAAGGAGCAAAACGACGUGAUGAAUCUGGAGAUUGAACAACUCACAGCAGCUGUGACCACAUCCACAGCCCAACUGGCCACCAUUGAGGCUGAUCUGCAGCAAAUGGAAGCGGAGAUUGAGGAAUUUGCCGGGAAGAGCAGGGAUUUAACGGAGAGGAUUGCUUCGCUCAAGGAUGAGGUGCGUACCAUGAAGGAGCACAUUUCAUCCCAAAACCGGGAGAUUCACACGAAAACCAAUCAAAUUGAGAAGCUAACAAAGGAAAUUCAGACCCUCCAGCUGGAGAUUAAGAAGAAGGAAUCCGAUCUGGGUAAAGUGAAGAAUGAAGGGAAGACCGCUGAAGAUCAGAAAGCAUCACUGGAGAAGAAAUAUCCGUGGAUUCUGGAGGAUAAAGAGUACUUUGGGGCAAAAGGGACAAAGUACGAUUACUCGCAGGAAGACCCAAAAACCGCCGAGAAGAAGCUGUACAAGAUGCAGGAGCUGAAGGAUAAGAUGAGCAGGACAAUCAAUGAGAAGGCCAUGAUGCUCCUGGAGCGUGAGGAGGAGGAAUUCAAGGAGGUGAUGAAGCGCAAGGAUAUGCUGGGAGCGGAUCGGAAUAAAAUUAUGCAAACAAUGAAUGAAAUUGAUGAGAAGAAGAAGGCGGAAGUGAAGAAGGCCUGCAUGGAAGUUGGGCAGAAUUUCAGUCAAAUCUUCAGCACAAUCCUCCCAGGAGCUGAGGCAAAACUCAUUCCCGUCGCGGGGGAUUAUCUCAAAGGGAUUGAAGUGAAGGUUGGCUUCAAUGGGGUGUGGAAGGAAACUCUGACGGAAUUGAGUGGUGGACAGCGUUCUCUUGUUGCCCUAUCACUCGUCCUGGCCAUGCUAAAGUACAAUCCAGCCCCAAUUUACAUUCUGGACGAAGUGGACGCUGCCCUGGAUCUCUCCCACACGCAGAACAUCGGGACAAUGCUGAAGCAGCACUUUAAGAAAUCUCAAUUCAUCAUUGUCUCCCUCAAGGAUGGCAUGUUCAGCAAUGCUAAUGUGGUGUUCCGGACUAAAUUCGAAGAUGGCAUGUCCGGAGUCAUUCGCACCGUGAACCGGAAGUGAAUUUUUCAGUCAACUUUCUUUCUUUUCUUUAUAAAUAUAAUUAUUUUUCUCAUAAA